UUUCAAGUGUUGGAAGUCAAAUAGUCCUUUGUAGGCUAGUUUUGGUCGGAUCUUUCAGACAUUUCAUAAUUUCAGACCAAGCCAACAGCGUUCCUCCGGCAGAGUCGAACUCAGGUUUCGGUUCUACUGUCCUCGGGGUUUCCUGUCAUCACCUGAAUCAAAAAUCCCAAGCGAUAAAUAAGGGAAGAAGGGGGGGAGAAUAGAUAAAGAGAGGCAUGGGAGAUCUCUUCAUAUGGCUUAUUUCUUUCUUCAUCCUCAUUGCCCUUCUUGUUCUCAUUGUUUAUCAGCUCAUGUGCUUGGCUGAUUUAGAGUUCGAUUACAUCAAUCCUUAUGACUCUUCGUCACGGAUAAACAAAGUGGUCUUGCCGGAAUUUAUCCUCCAAGGAGUUUUAUGUGUUUUCCUUCUGUCAACGGGGCAUUGGGUUAUGUCACUCAUAUGUGCUCCAUAUUUAUACUACAAUGUGAGACUUUACACACAGAAAAAACACCUAGCAGAUGUUACGGAGAUAUUUAACACGCUUCCCUGGGAGAAGAAGCAGCGGCUUUUUAAGCUAGGCUACGUGGUCGUUCUCCUCUUUUUCUCCAUAUUCUGGAUGAUCUGGUCAACAUUGGAUGAUAUGGAAGAUUAGUCGGAGACGCCGACUUUCUUAACUUGAAGCAAUUGUUUCUCAAACUGCUGCCUUGUAUCGGAGACCGCCUGUUUAUUUCUUAAAUCUUUUUUCGACUUGUGUCUGUUGUAAACUGAUAUAGCAUAAAUUCCAAAGCUGUAUGAUUGUGAGAAUUUCAGUUGAUUUUAGUUAAAUAUGUAUAACUUUCCAGGCAUAUGGUAUUUGUGUACCUUUGUGCUU